AUGGAAUAUUUUGUAAUACUUACUAACAAAGGACCUGCAGUCUUCCAGAAAACCUCCCAAAUACAUGGGCGAGUUCUUUUUGCAGGGACAGAAUACGCGGUGCCUAUAGAAAAUAUGCCUGUCACAAAAGAUGAAGACAAGCAUGAUGCAUUCACCCAGUCUAUUAUCUGGUCUGCGAUCCAAGUCAUUCAGAUUCAGCGAUUUGGGAAGUGCCCGAGUAAAAAGCGAAGAAUAGUGCAAGUCAUAAAGAAAGAUGAAAGAACCGGGGAUGGAAAGCUGACAAGUAAGAGCAAAUCUGGUGUUAUUGGUCUUUUACUUGGAACAGGCAUUGCCAAAAUGUUUAAAACUUCAUUUGGUCUGCAAAAAUCCAGCACAAACACAAACGAGUAUCCAGAGGGUGAGUUUUCUUCAUUCCCUGAGAUUAAUAAAAGAGAAAAGCCAAUCGAGCCACUGAUUGCAUUUGAGGCAACAGACAAGGGAGAGAUGUUUCAGUGUAAAUUCAGCAUAGUAAUGAGCGAUGAAGCAUCAGGACUGCUAGAAAACACGCAGAUUGUGUACAAGUCUGCUGCAGAUGGGGUAUUUGAUAAGUCUAGCUCUAUUCUGAGGGAAGGCCAAAAGAGCUUCUAUGCAGGAGAGCUUUCAUUCAUAAUGGGGCUACAAAGAAGCAAGGUCUGCAUUAAAGAGGUCGGAAACUGGCUAUACAACUCAGACCACAAUAAAAUAUUCACUAAUUUACAGGCAAUUAUACGCCUGCUUAGUGAUGUAUUUUUGGGAACUAUCAUUCGAACAAUGUCUAAAGACUAUAUUGAUGUGGAUGUGAAUGCAUGCAUUGAGGGGAAUGCUGCGGAUCUUGCUGCAUUAUAUGGAGAUACAAAAGUAAGGCUUGACGCAUUCCAGAAACUUCAGCAGUUAAUUGAUAAGAAGCUAGUAAAUGCUGCUAUGGAGACAGUAAGCACUUCUAUGCUUGCGUAUUUUGACAAACUGUCCUCAGUCAUUUAUUCGCCUACCUUUAUUACAUACAUUGCGUCAGUUGAGGAGAAUAUUGCAAUGUACAAGCAGAAGUACAGCUCAGAGGUGAUGGCGGCUGAAAGGAAAUUUAACUGCAAUUUGUGCCUACUCUUUGUAGACAUAUACCACCGCCUCAUCAAGUACAGACUAUACAUAACAGAGGCAAUGAAUUCGUUGGAGAAGGGAUGCGCGGAAAUAGAGAAAAAAGCAGCUUUGAAAGCGGCGGAGGCCAAUAAAAAUGCAGAGGAGUCAUCGAGUACUGUGGAAGAGGGCCCAGAGGGUUUACUUUUCAAGAAGGAAAUUCUUCUACUGUCUAAACACAAUGACAGACUAACAGAGCUGCUGAAGGCCACAGAGAGGUUUAAGAAGAUCAAGUCUCUCGCAGCCUCUGGAAUUGUCUUUCCAGACUGUGUAGAUGACUUCAUUGAGAUGUAUGAGCUGACAAAUGGAAUGGUUAUCAUUACAAAGGAAAAUCUUGUAGUUGUUAAUGGAAAGAUCGUGAUUGCUGUUAUUUCUAAAAAGGAAGUGCUUGGGUGCAUACCUGCCUCACAAGACACAGAAUAUCCAACAAUUUAUAUUGACCUGGCUGUUUCCUCUUUAUAUCCACCAGUGCCUAACUUUGUUACUGAUAUAGUUAAUGAUGUUCGAGUUCAUUGGAUUCGCCUUAACUUCAAAUGGGAUGGAAACCAGAAGAGAUUUGUAGAUGCAUGCAAGUGCAGAAAUGUUUCUACAAUAAAGGGGCUAGAAAUGCUGCUUCAAGAAAAAGUUGUGCCUGUCAACAGAUCACUCAGAGAAAAACUCGCAAAGACUGAUGUCAAGAACAGCCACAGAAGAAUGCUUGCUAUAAGAGCACAGAGAGACUUUGUCUCUACUUCUGAUGUGUACGCGUAUGGACAAAAAAACAGAAUUAGUGAGCCCAUGCUGUUCGGAAUCAAAGCAUGGAUUGAUGCUGCGCUAAAUGAGUACGCAGUGUCUCUUUCUUCUAUUUCUGUAACAAACUGUAAAGCAGCCUCCUUUGACAAAAAGCUCCGAAAAGAAGUAGUGAAUAUACUAAAAUACCAUUCAUUCAAGGCAUCUUCAAACAUCUUAGAUAAAAACGAGUUUUCUUCUGUUAUGACAGAUGAGUACUCUUUAGCUCAAGGAAUACCUGCCUUUAUAGGGUAUCUGUCAUAUAUAUACAGGCUUCUUUCUCCCUCUGACAUGAUGAAGUACUCUGAAAUAGGAAUGAAAGCUCUCCACUCAGUACAUGAUAUACGAAACACUGAAAUCACAAAUGACGAGUUCCUGCAUUUAGCAAUUGGUUUUAUUGGCUCUAUGCCUGUGCCAGAGUCUCUUAACAGAAAUGAAUUCCUUCUUUCUCUUGUUAUAGUUAGAUUCUUCAUUAUAGCUGCUCCAGACAUUGGGCUGGAUAACUAUCUUGCUAUAUGCGCCCCUCUAUUCCUUUUUAACUCUGAGCAGCUAAUUAGCCUUCCUCAGUAUAUGGGAAGAUAAUUCAAGAUUUUUCCUGGGUAUACGCCGAACACAUCUGAUAUAUACGGCC